AUGGCUUUACUGAAGGUUCUGCUGCUGCUGGGGCUGGGCGUUUCAGUGAACUCAGAUGUUUCUCUGCAGAAGAGAAUCAUUGGAGGUAAUGACUGUCAUGUCACCGACCGUCCUUAUCAUGUUCGGCUGUCGAGCAGAAAGGGAACUUCAUCGACUCUGUGUGGAGGAACUCUGAUCCACGCUGAGUGGGUCCUGACUGCAGCUCACUGCUGGGAGUCGGAGCCAGGGUGGACUAAUGUAGUAAUAUCUAAAGUUCAUCCACGGACUGCUACACAGGAGACUCAGGUAAUCCGAGACGAUCCUGUGAUUUAUACUGACCACGGCCGACAGCAUGACAUCAUGUUGCUGAAGCUUCGAAGGCCAGUAACAGGCGUCCCACUUGCUCUGCUACCAAAAUGCAAGAAUCGCCUUAAGAAAGGCCAGAUAGUUCAGCUGGUAGGAGAGGGAGGAACGACAACCGGCCCCUGUAAUAAGCGAGUAAGCAAUGCUGGUAUUUCAACACAACUUCAGUGUGUCAACAUGAAAGUUGCUGCUGUUUCUCACUUUGACCCGACAUGUGGGCAUGUAUUCCUCAUUGAAGCACAGGACAAGGAUAUAUGUCAUGGCGACUCUGGUUCAGGAGUGGAAUUCGACGACAGGAUUUAUGGUGUGAUUGCUGAAUGUACAGGAGAAUAUGCAUGUCAGAUGCCAGCUAAAAUCAUGGAUGUGUGUGAAUACAAGGCCUGGAUCAAAGAAACAACUGGGAUUAAUUAAAACAAACUAUCAUGAAAUAAAAUCCUCAUCAAAAUUCCUGUCAGAUACAAUUUUAUAGUUGUAUCUUCAGCUUGUAGAAUUUGGAUAGUUUGUUUUUCUCACCUGACCUUGAUCUCCCUAAUGGAGCCUCCUCUGUUUCAGAAAUGAAAAAUAAAUCAAUAAAUGAAUGAAAAAGAAACA